GCCCAACUCGGCCUCAUGCGAAGCGCAACCCAACAGCUUGCCCUCUCGUAAACACUUCUUCUUUCACACUCUCUUUUCUGCGAUCAGAACCUGCGACGCUUGAAGCAGUGAGUGUGGCAUGGUCACCCUGCGCGCACCCGCUCCUUGCGCAUAGCCUCAAACAACAGCGACGCCAUCCAUCUCUCCUCCAACAAUCGCAAACCAAACGAACGCGCCCCAGCGGCAGCAACUGCAUCUGCACCCUACCGAACAGAACAGAUUGAACGCAUCGAACACACACACACAAACACGACCAUGGCGCCUAUGCCACACACCCCGCGCCGCUCGCGCAAAGCCACCCGACCGCGCAGCGGCGGCGACAGCAUCACCAGCAGCCCUCACAAACGCGGCUCUCCCAUCCCGCUGGUCAUGAAAUCUGAGCCUCCCCACAAGAAGCGGCGGUAUGUGCCUGGCGGUCCAGGAGGGGGUGGUCGAUACGUGGACGAGGACGGGAAUGAGGAGCCUGUGGGAGGGACGGGCCCUGGGGGGUAUAAUUAUGUUGGGCCCCGUGGACGGGUGGGGCAGGAGAAUGCGCGAAAGGGGGUUCUGCCGGUUGUUUAUCCGAGCUCUAGCGCUAGGCGAGAUAGGAGUGAUAGGAGUGGUGGGGGGAGGAAUCCUCGGUCUGGCGAGAGAGGUGUGCGAAGUGCACGAAGCGAUAGGACGCGCACGGUGCUACCAAGGAAUCAACAACCAAAGAUGAGGUUCAACAGCAGUGCCCAAGCAGCGGCGGCGGUGGUCCAGAAUGAUGGGUAUAAGCCUCGUGAAGAACGGUCAUGGGAGGAGUUUCACCCGGAUUUAGAUAUCGACAUUAGGCUGAGGACCUACAGUGCCAAGGAGGUUGAUGGGGUUCCUGAGGAGAUGGACGGGGAGCUGGAGAGGGAGGGUGAGGGUUCACAUACGCCGACUUCAAUGGGAGCUAUUACGCCGGGGGCGAUGAUGAAUGGGGCACUGAUGACGCAGGGGUCGCCGCCGACGAAGAGGAGGCCUGGACGCCCGCCGCGAGACCCUGUGGCGUUCUAUGCAGCCAGGGCUGCGGCACAGUCGGUGGGGUUUGCAUCUUCACCUAUGGGGACUAUGAUUGCGCCUUUGCAGAACCAGAACCCGAAAGAAAGACUCACGUUGCCGCAGCCAUCCUAUAGGAAGGUCGAUGCGCUGGCGAAGUUUGAGGACAAGGCGUCAGGGCAGGUGAAGUACGUUGAGAAGAGUAUGGCGAAUGUGGGGUAUCAGGAGACGGAUAUAUUUAUUCGCUCAGAGCAUAUUAUGAUCAAACAUAAUGAUGCCUACCUCGAUGAAGACUUGGAUUUGCCUGUCAAGGGCGGCGAGGUGGCGAUUACGGGUGGCUCUGUGGGGAGGGUGGAAUAUGAUAUGGACGAGCAGGACGACAAGUGGCUUGAGGCAUUCAAUCUCACACAACGCAAAGCUGCUGGGAUUGAGCCCAUCUCCCGCGAGAUGUUUGAGAUCACUAUUACAAAGAUCGAGAAGGAGUGGCAUGCGCUCGAAAAGCGGAUUCCCAAGCCAAACCCGAAGCCGCCGCAGACUCACAGGCCGCGAUCCAGCUCAGCUGCUGCUGUGAAUGGAGAGCCACAGGCAGGUGAGGAGCUGGAUAGCAAGUGUGCCAUUUGCGACGAUGGGGAUUGCGAGAAUACGAAUGCGAUUGUCUUUUGUGAUGGCUGCGAUUUGGCCGUUCAUCAGGAGUGUUACGGUGUUCCCUUUAUUCCGGAGGGUCAGUGGCUGUGCAGAAAGUGCCAGCUUAUUGGGAGAGGUGUCCCGACUUGCAUCUUCUGCCCGAACACCGAGGGUGGUUUCAAGCAGACCAACUCGUCGCGCUGGGCUCACUUACUCUGUGCCAUGUGGAUUCCAGAAGUCUCACUCGGCAAUCAUACAUUCAUGGAACCAGUAAUGGAUGUGGAAAAGGUUCCCAAAACACGUUGGAAACUCACAUGCUAUAUCUGCCAGCAACGAAUGGGCGCCUGCAUCCAAUGCGGUAACAAACUCUGUUACCAAGCCUUCCACGUCACCUGCGCCCGCCGAGCCCAUCUCUUCCUCAAAAUGAAGAACAACCACGGCACCCUCGCCGAGCUCGACGGCACUACCCAACUCAAAGCCUUCUGCGACAAGCACUGCCCCACCGACUACGCUAAAGAAAACGAUGUCGCGAAAGCCACACGCGAAGCGCGCAGCUUCUACAAACGCACCAUGCGCGACCGUCUCUGGGCUGAUAGCCAAGCCUCCGCCCUCGCUCUCGCAGCUACUCACCAAAACGCAACCACCGAGCAUCCCGCCGACGAGUCCCAGAAGACCGGCGCGCACCUGGCCAUUACCAUCGGCAGCGCCAAGAAGAAGGGGGAGCUCCAGAACCCAAAGUCGGUGUGGAAACUCCCUUCGGGUGCACCAGUCAUUCCGUCCGCAGUGUACGACAUCGUCGACGUCUCACUCCAGCGCUUCACGAUCCUGCGGCGUCGCGAGUGGGUCGCGGCGGCGUGUCGGUACUGGACGCUGAAGCGCGAGGCGAGGCGCGGGGCAGCGCUGCUGAAGAGGUUGCAGUUGCAGAUGGAGACGUUUUCGUCGAUGGAGCUUACGAGGCGCAAUUUUGCGAGUAUGGGCGAUGUGGGACGCGCGAGGCUGGAGAGGCGUAUUGAGUUUGCGAAGAUGCUGGUGAAGGAUGUGGAGAGGUUGAAGGAGUUGAGCACACAUGUGGUCAUGAGGGAGACGGAGAAGGUGCAGUAUGCUAUUAAACAGAGGGAGACGUUGGAUACCACGUACUUCCCCGUUACGAAGCUGCUGCCGCCGAUUGUCGAUAAAGCGCUUGCCCUCGAUAUUAAGAGAACGUUUACUGCUGGCCUCUGGCAAGUACAAAAUAGGCUCCAUCGUCGAUAUUACGUCCAAGCCACGACGCUUGCCGAGGACAUCGCAAUGAUCUGCAAGAAAGGCAUCGAAGCCGUUGCGGCCCACCUUCCCAGCGAGGCCGCUGUGGGUAGCGCCGAAUACAAUUCCCAGCUGAAGAUAGCAAUCCACGAAGUCAAGGACAGGAAGAAGCUCGCCAAGCGAAUCAUCAAGGCCAUCCAGCCACAACUCGAAAUCGCCGUCCGCGCAGAGGCAGACCUGCUCCAAAAGUCGCCGGAUAAGAUGGUCGCGGAUCUUGAACUCGUUCUAGAGGGAUGCAUUGACAUCUCUCCAGAGGCUUUGCUGGGUCCUACAAGACAUGGCACUGCUGAUCCAACGGUUGCAGUUCAGUCAAUUGAAGGCGCUGAUAUAGCGGAUGACAACGUCGAUGUGAACCAGCAGAUCACAGUCGAAGCCGAAGCAGCUGAUAGCAUCGCACUAGCCGAAUCCGCAGAUGUAGACAUGCUCGACGAAGACGAAGACGCGCCAGGCGAGCCAGACGACGGUGAAGCCUACGCAUCCAUCACACCUGCCGCAGCCGCGAAGCCUACUACCGAGGAGCCCGCCGCCGCGCAAUCCUCCGAAACACCCCCAGCUGCCGCCGAGUUCUCGGCCACGUCAAACAACCUCCCACAACCCCCCACACCCCCAGUCUCCAACCCCGGCGCAGGGAGCAUAAUAAGCCAAGACCUCGCACCCACUUCCGGCGUAGCGAGUGUGGCCCCUCCUGGCUCCUUCCUCACCGGCGGCGGGAAACCGUGGUAUCUCGAGAACUACGACCCGAAGACGGGGACGUUUGUGGAGCCGCCGCCGCCGCCGCCUAUGGAAGAGGAGGUGGAGGAGGAAGUGGUGGAGGAGGAAGUGGUGGAGGAGGAGGUAGUAGAGGAAGAAGUGGUGGAGAAGGAGGUGGUGGAGAAGGAGACGGUGGAGAAGGAGGUGGUGGAGGAGGAUGUGGCGCGCGCGACGAGCGAUGAGGAGUUGAGCGAGAUUGAUGAUGAGGAGAUGAGGGAUUUGGAGGAAGGUAUGGGUGAGGAGAUGGGGGCGGGGAAGAAGGUUGAGAAGACGACGCCGAGGAAGGGGAAGGCUAAGAAGCGGAGGAGGGCGUAUUAA